AACAUAAGAAAUAAAAACUUCUCUUUCUAUUGACCAGAUUUUGCGUAUGUCAAAGUCUUAAAUCUAAGAAAACAUGGCAAAGUCGAAGAAUCAUACAAAUCAUAACCAAAACAGAAAAGCCCAUCGUAAUGGUAUUAAAAAACCAAAACGUUUCAGGCAUGAAUCAACUUUAGGGAUGGAUGCUAAAUUCUUGAAGAACCAAAGGUUCUCAAAAAGGCAUAACUUGAAUCCAGCCCAACAAAUAAAACGUGCCAAACAACACAAAGCUGAACGUGAAGCCAAGAAAAGUGCAAAAUAAAUGAUUUGUGUUUUUAAUGAAAAUAAAACUUAAGUUUCUAAGUUAAAA